AUGUCUGAAUGGAAAACCCAACCAACAGUACAUACAGUGAAAUGGUCACUGAGCCAAGACAUCUGCUCCAGCUUUUUCACAGAAUGUUGGCAUAUUGAUUCGUACCAUGGAAGCGGUACUUCAGGCAACGUGCCUCUGAGAUUACCACAGAUUUGUCCUCUGCAGCUUCAGCUGGGGGAUCUGCUUUUUGUUUCAUCAGAGCCAUCUUUUCAGUCUUAUGGCAUGAACCUGGCAAAUGUUUCCUUGGAAGGAUUUAUUCAAUGCCCUCAACCAAGCGAUGUCCAUCUGCACCAGCUUCUAUUUGACCAAGGGUUAAGUGGGAUGCAUCAAAUUGUUCCCAAGUGGCUUGGCGUUGGAACACAUUACUUUGCAGAGGUCUCAAUACAAGGACCUCUUUUAUGUGGUUUUGGGCUUCGAUUGAAUGUGACAGUGAAGCCACAUGCUUGUCAGAAGUAUUCAAACUCAACGUUUUGCUCUGGUCAUGGCAAAUGUUUAAGUCAUAUCUGGGAUGAAGCCUAUCAUUGCCAUUGCAGUCAUCCCUAUUCUGGACAGUACUGCCAAGAAAUUGAUAAGUGUUCUAGUAAACCUUGCCACAACCAUGGCAUCUGCAUUAGCAGAAAGAGCCAAAGAGAAGAUGUUGAAGAUUCUUAUGAAUGCAUCUGCCUCCACUCAUUUACAGCUCACAGAAGAAACUGUUCAGAAAUAUUUGGGCAGUGUCAGCGGCAUAGUUGUGGCAACGGUAGCUGUAGCAAUGUUUAUCCAAAUACUUUUAGAUGCCGGUGUGAUAAAACUGCUACAGGUAAGAAAUGA